AUGGCGUUUGCAAGGAGCUCGUUCGUGACAGGAAAGUUGGGGUUGACUUUGAUUGGGAGAGCUGGGAGGUCCAGUGUUUCAGUGCUGCCAUCUAGUGCCCUAUACCAGCGAAGUGUCAGCUCAACAAGUAUUCUUUGUCAGCAGAAAAUUGUGAAGACAACCCAAGAACAGCAAGUCGAGGAGCAGAAGAAUCGGAAUAAGGAUGUCGGAGAACUUACUGAACUUGUACGUGAUUUUCUGGAUCCUGCACAUUUUUACAAGGCUGUCAACAGUAUUGGUAUUGACUACUUCUGUGGGGUGCCUGACUCAUUGCUCAAAGAUUUCUGUGCCUAUGUGACUCAUAACUGUCCAUCACAUCAACAUAUCAUCACAGCCAAUGAGGGCAGUGCUGUAGCUUUAGCUGCAGGGUAUCACCUAGCAACAGGUAGAAAUGCCAUGGUCUAUCUUCAGAACUCUGGCCUAGGAAACAUUGUGAAUCCCAUCAUGUCACUGGCAGCACCGCCAGUUUACAGUAUUCCUAUGUUACUUCUCGUGGGCUGGAGAGGAGAGCCGGGAAAACGUGAUGAACCUCAGCACAUGGUCCAGGGGCAGGCAACUCCAGGUCUUCUAGCAGCCCUUGGUAUACCCUUCCAGCCUUUACCAGAUUACCAGGAGGGCGCUGAACAGGCCUUACAAACUGCCCAGCAUUACAUGGAAAAGACCAGGGGUCCUUAUGCCUUCUUAGUGAAGAGACAGACAUUCCUUCCCUACAAAUUACCUCAAGAUGAAACUACAGAUUUCCCCCUGGACCGUGAGGAGGCGAUGAAGGUGAUAGUUAAUAACCUUAAUAACAAGGAUGUGGUGGUGAGCACCACUGGCAUGCUGUCUCGAGAACUUUUUGAGUACAGAGUAGAGAAGGACAUGGGACACGAGAGGGACUUCCUCACAGUAGGAUCUAUGGGACAUGCCUCUGCUAUAGCUUUAGGAAUAGCCCAGCAGAAACCUAAGAGACAGGUGUUUUGUUUGGAUGGUGAUGGAGCAGCCCUAAUGCACAUGGGUACCAUGGGAACAAUAGGACAGAGUGAACAGAUGAACUUCAAACAUAUCAUCUUUAAUAACGGUGCUCACGACUCAGUGGGGGGUCAACCCACAGUCGCUGCAAAUCAUAGUUCUUUCUGUUUAUCCACUGUCGCCAAAGGCUGUGGCUAUAGACAGGCCUUUGUUGCUGUCAAUGAAGAAGAAGUAACAGAAGGACUGACUCGUCUUCGCCAGAUACCUGGUCCUGUUCUCCUGGAAAUCAAAGUGUCUAAGGGAAGCCGCAAGAAUCUUGGACGUCCCACACGGACCCCUGUCCAAAACAAACAGGAUUUCAUGCAUUUCCUUGCCAUUAACUCAGAUAAUUAG